UGAUGGGUUGGUACAGUAGGUAAAUGUCAUCCACUGCACCCUUACAUGUUAAUGUAUUCAGAAGAAGAAUUUAUUAAUAUAAUAUGUAAUUGAAGGGCUAUUCUGCUGCAUAAUUUAGACUUUUGCAAUUUUUUUGUAGACCUUAGGAUAGAAGACUGCUGCUGGUUUGUAAUGCAAUGCAAGUGUGUCACAAAUGCAGCUGCGUGCUCUUGUGUGUAUAAGACACAAUGACUAACUACACUGUAAAUGCUUGACUUUGUUGUGACACCGAUUGUUUGCUUCUUCCGGCUGUGUGUGACCUAGUAUUCAGUGACUGUUAUAUUAUGUAUGAUUGCAAAGACAAGUGCUCUAAGAGCUCAUGGUUGGUCCUUGGACUUUGCACCCAGUAGAUGUCAUCUAAGGCUCCUAGAUGUGGAUUAACUUUCAGCAGGAUGAAAACUGUCAGGGUUGCGGUGGUGGGAGCUGGUGUGAUCGGAUUCUCCACUGCUGUCCGCAUUGCCGAGGCUCUUCCCAUCUGCUCCGUGACUCUGCUGGCAGAGAAGUUCAGCCCGGACACCACCAGCGAUGUGGCUGCUGGAAUCGUGCUCGCUCAAGAAUUUCCAGAUAUCCCCCUGGAAAGGCAAAGACGCUGGUUCAAGGACGGCUUUGAUCACUUCUUUGCCAUCGCUCACUCUGAGGACGCACCAGAGGCUGGAAUAAUGAUGUGUUCUGGAUGUCAGAUUUUCAGAGAAGCUCCAGCUAAUAUGAAGCCCUACUGGUCAGACAUUGUGAUUGGCUAUCGACCCAUGACCGAUCGUGAACUGAAACGUUUUCCAAAUCACAAGUUUGGCCAGGCGUUCACUACUUUAAAAUGUGAAUGCUCCAGCUACCUGCCGUGGCUCGAGAAGAGGUUCAGGAAAGCUGGAGGCCGAGUGGAGCAGAGGAGAGUCAACAGUCUCCAGGAAUUGAGCAACGACUUUGACAUCAUUGUCAACUGCACUGGUCUGGGCUCCAAAACACUGGUGGGUGACGACCAAGUUCAGCCAAUCAGAGGCCAGGUCUUAAAAAUGGAUGCCCCCUGGCUGAAGCACUUCAUCAGGGACGUAGAUGGGAUGACCUACAUCUACCCCGGCAUCCACAGCGUCACCAUAGGCGGGACGAGGCAGGUGGAAGACAUGCGGCUGCAUGUGGACGAAGGAGACUCGAGAAGCAUCCUGGAGCGCUGCAGCAGGCUGGAGCCGUCGCUCAGGAAAGCCAAAGUUCUCUACCAGUCGGUCGGUCUGAGGCCGGGCAGGAGGAGCCCGAGGGUGGAGAGGGAGCUGGUGCAGAUGGGAGGUCGCCAGGUGCCUGUAGUCCACAACUACGGCCACGGAGGCUGGGGGGUGUCGUUUUCCUGGGGGACCAGCCUGGAUGCGCUGGGGCUGGUCAGGCAGUGCCUUCAGGAAAUUCCUCUUCAGGCUAAACUGUGAACAAACUCUGCCACUAGAUGCUGCUUUAACUCAGAGCCUUAAAAUCACAACAUAUGGAAAGUCAACAUAUUGACAAAUGAACGCAUUAAAAUGCACAAAAGUAAUGACUUGUUGUAGAUUUUACAUUUAACAGUGUUUAGAUGAUAAAAUAAUAAUUUAAUGUGCUGCUUAAAGUGGUAAUUUUUUAAUUUUUUUUUUUAUUGGGGCUUGUUAUGAAGGAAUGCCAUCAAAAACGCUGCUUUUUCAUUUCUGAUACCAGUUACUUUUGGGUACUGAAAUCUACCUUCAAAUGGAUGCACUUUUAUAAACAUCAUUAAGACUAGCACAGAGAUUAACAGCCUCUAAUGCAUUUUUUGUAGAGUGCAUAGAAAAGAAAGUUUAUUAAUAACAUUUACAAACAGGAAAAUACAUAAAUUACAUAAAGAAACUGCUGUCAGACAGUCCGUUGUUAAAUGUAACAGAAAUUAUUCUUUGUGUGGAAUAAAAAUGUUCAACCACAAAA